GGCCGGGCGGGAAAACAGCUGCUGAGGGCCGGCCGGAAAAGGUCUGUGGGCGCCGCUUCCGCUCGCCAUUUCGCGCCGAGCCUCUCCUUAGCGCUCGUGCCGCCGCCGCCAUGACGGACCGCUACACCAUCCACAGCCAGCUGGAGCACCUCCAGUCCAAGUACAUCGGGACGGGCCACGCCGACACGACCAAGUGGGAGUGGCUGGUGAACCAGCACCGGGACUCGUACUGCUCCUACAUGGGUCACUUCGACCUGCUCAACUACUUCGCCAUCGCCGAGAACGAGAGCAAGGCGCGCGUCCGCUUCAACCUCAUGGAGAAGAUGCUGCAGCCCUGCGGGCCGCCCGCCGACAAGCCCGACGAGUCCUAGCCCGCCCCAGCCGCCUUCCGGCCCCGGCCCCAGGGCGCUGCGCUUUAGGGGCGGGUGGGCCGGAGCGAGCGGCGGUGCUCCGGGGAGCUCGCCUGCCCGCCCGCCCGCCGACACCGAGCCCGGCGCCGCGGGGCUGCCUUGCGCCCGCGGGAAGGACCAAGGAGCCGCCUCAGGGAGCGCUGUUGACUGUUGCCCUCCGACCUCGUGGUCCCUGUGCUUCAGUGUGGUGUUCUCUCGGAGGACUGUGACGGGAGAGGCCUCGCAAAACGCCAGCGUCUGGACUGCUUCAGCUCUCACAUGUACCAUUGUUCGGAUCUUUUAGAAAUGGAAAAUAAUAAAUCUUACUGGGCAUUUCUAAUGUUUUGUUUAGUAAUCGGCUUAUAAGAGCUCCUCGUUCUGAAAGGAGUGCUGGUUAAACGGCAUUAAGCGUUUAUACAGCCAUCCGGGGUGCGAGUCUCAGGUACUUCACAGGCAGCAUUUUCCCAGCCGGCCUGACCGGUGCUUGCGUACCAGAGCGGUGUUUUGAAGAAAGUGAGGAUCCCUGCUGUCACGGGAAGAGUUUGACGUGGUGUUAGUGUUUAUUGUGUGAAGUGGUUUGUGGUAAAGCACAAGUCAGUUACUCUAGUGCUUCAAAAUGGCUUUUCUUUAAACACCUUUUUCUUGCCUCAUCUUCCUCUUUCCUGUACUUUGUGUUUUCCAAACCUUAAUUCUCCCUGAUCCAACUUAAUUACUUUUUACUUUUUUUUUACUGGUGUUUUCUAGUCAUGUAGUGGUGUUUGGGAUGUUUUUCUACAUUACACUAAACAAGUGUAUUAAUGUGGGGUUAGGCACUGCCAAUAUGGAAUAUUAGGAACAUAAAGAUUACUACUACUGUGAAGUAAAAUGCUUUGAGGUGAAAGAAUCUUAGACUGCAAACUGAACUAAUGUUGACUUUUGAUGUGUCAUGUAAAGUAGGCUUUAUAUUCACUUUAAAAUCUCAGUUCUGAUGAAUGGGAAGAGUAAAACAUAGAGAUAUGUUGCUUGGAGAAAUUAAGUGCUCUUGUUUCAGACAUGGCUCGUAGCUCUGGGUAGCUGUGGAUUUGGUGUGGAUUCUUUUUUGGACAUUGAGAGUUCAGUGUUUUCUGAUCCUAUUAAGACUUACCAAUGAUCUUUUUUUCCCUUAAAUCAGCAAUCUCAAAACACUAUUGAGUCUUAUAAAACUAAGCUAUUCAUAAUAUCAUGAUAAAGUAAUAAGAAGUGCACAAGCUCCUGGGGCCACGUUGAAGUCAGUACAUCCAUAUUCUGAAGAAUUCAGAGAUGGCAUUUUUCCAAUUUGGUUGCACAUAUUAAGAUGAGGGGGGGCGUGAAGUGGUCCUAAAUAAUUGUUACCUGCAAGUUUUGUGAGGAACUACUGCUAUUUCCAGUAAAUGAGGGGGAUUUGUUUGGUUUUCACUUCUCAUGCAAGCUGGUGCAGGUGAUUUGAAGAGCAUCUGUUCCUCGCGUGCUGAGGAAUGUGGCUGGAAGGUUUUACCUAACUUGAGUUCAGGCACUUACUAGUGCAAUGCAGUCUUGCAAAAAUUGAGUAAAAUUUGUAUCUAAAUCAAGCAAGUUUCCUGUUGCUGUUAGUAGAAGUCUGUUCUAGGACCAAAUCUUAGAAACUUACCUUUUCCCUGAUAAGCAACAUGCUCAGUGAAAAAGGGUGGUAUGGGGGAAUCCGACGGGGAAAGCUGCUGCUCCUGCUUCUCUUGCCUUACACCUUAGCCACUCUGUCCAGAGAGAAAAAAAGAACAGAAGGAUCAAUUACUCUUAUUUCUUUGCCCAAAAGUAGCUCUGUGAGGUGUCUGGUCUGCUGGCAGCCAACAGGCAGUUGGUGUGUGCGACAGCAAUGUCAGGGUUAGUUCACUGGUGGCAAAGGAGGUUGAGCCCCAGCGCUGGGACUCGGGAACUGGAAGAGCUGGGGUGAGGGUACAGAUGCUUCUGUAACAGGUUGGAAACUGAACUUGCAAAGUUUUGACAAGAUGAGUCUUGAAUCUCUUUAACAUGGAACGAAAAAGAGAAACUGCAACUUAAUCCACUCCUCUGUAAGUUACAACUUAAAAACAUUUCAAGCAACAUUUCUUUGAGACUAAACUGCUAGAAUUAGCUCUAUCGAUGGGUAUUCUCAAUACUCAAUACAUUUUAAAAUGUGAGCAACAAAUAUGUGACAUGUAAGUAAAGAUAAAUGUCCCCUUGCAGGCCAACUCCUCAUUAUAUAGCACAAAUAGCAUUCAGAGAUGGGUCAGUUACGUGCUGAGUUAACUUGCUGGUUCUGUUCACCUGUGCUCACUUGAAUCCCAGUUAAGCACAUGCCUGUUUUAGUGGAAAAGGUUUUUAGGAGUGCCUGUACUAAGUAAUGUUUGUGAGACAUUACAAACACUUAAGAACUAGAGAAAACCAAAGGGAUGUUAGAAUUCCUGAGAGUUCAAGAUAAACUUGAAAACAAAUGGGAGACACUGAAGAGUGUGUUUCUGGGCUAUGAUAUUUUUCCUAAAUCCCAAAGCAUUCUUAGAACCAAUGAAGGCAGUGAGCAGUUCUUGGUAUUGGGAAGGGUAAAGCAUCAAAAGAAUAGAGUUACCUGUCCUACCGGGAUACAUCUGGUUUUUACUUCCAUCCCGGUUAAAAGAUGAAGGGUACUGUUUGUUUAAAAAUUUUCUCUAUAUCUGCAUGAUGUUCUUUUUACAUCCAAGUGUGGCUUUAAUUGGGCUUCCCACUGUGAUCUCUGGCUCGUGUUCCUGAGUUUCUGUAGCUUAAUUUCACGUAGUGUGAAGUAGGAGAAAUACAAACUAUUUCCAAUGUGAUGUGCAUUGUCUUUGGUGAGAAGGAAUUUCACCUGCUUGUGUUCUGGUAGUUAAUGUAUAUUUGUAAAUUCUCUGUAGAGUAGAACAUACAUGCAUUUUUAAUUAAAAAAUUUCUAGUGGAUAUUACAUAUAGUAUUUAAUGACUGCUUAGCUAAAAAUAGGAUGUUAGGCCGUCUAGGAUUUAUAGAUACAGUGAGAAGUAAGUGGAUGGCAGGAGAAAGGAGAAAGGUUUGCUUCUGGUGCCUUAAUUAUAGAUGAUUGAAGAGAAGAAGAACCAAGCUUGGCUCUUAUAGAAAAAAACAUGCAAAGCUUCAUGCUAAGGUGUUUUAUUUUACUUACAAAUGGACUAUACUUAAGCCAGAAAAGAUUACUGUAGAAGUGCACUGCCACCUUUAUUUUUAAUUAUGUUUGCUACCAUUCUGUUAGUAAUGUGGCUGCCUUUUACAACAGGUAGCAUAAGUGUGAGGUUUGCUAAUUAUUUUAUAUAUUAAGAAAAUUCAGUGGUUUGUUUUCUGUAUUCUAGUUACUUUUCAUUCUAAGUGAUUUUUUUCUUCCUGUGCUACACCAGAGGGCAGCAAAUGCUGCUGCUGUUCAACCGGAGGCACAGAUCGUUAAUAGAAUGGCAUUCUAUCAUGCAAAUUUUCUCUGAAAAAAAUAGAUGGAUACUUCUAAAAAUUGCUAAAACUUUCCAAUAGUCAGAAAUACUUAACUUUUUUCAAUGUAAGGUUCAAAACAUCUAUUACACCUUUUAUUCACCAUGGGUGAAUAGAGCAGUAUGGGUAGCAUAGUUGGGAAAAAAAAAAGUCCAUUUUGAAGUGAUACAUGUGAAAUCAGAUUUUUUGAACAGGUCAAUUACAACAGCAUUUACUCAGGUUCAAGCAGGGCAUAAUUAACCCAUGUUUUCUCCUGCGGCACAGCUGACUUAGAAGUUCUUCAUAGUCUGAUGCCUCUUGCGUAAGGUUGGUAACAGUGCUUGUGGGGCUGCAGUGUAAAUCACAUUGCUGAAACUGUGUUAGAUUCAACUUGCAAAGUUAGGGUUUGUAACCAUCCUGCCAAGCCCCGAGGUUACGUUUAACGUCUGAUUUCUCUCAUCGCUUUUAUAGCUUGACCACACAUGGCACUGGCACAACCGAAUAGCGAACUGCUGUGGACAGGCUGAGAAUGACCAGGCUGGUGCAGGACUGUCUGAACUCUGUAGCAUUUGUAUUUUAUGUCCUGUUUGGUAUAAAUACUGAAAAAAACAAAUGUACAAUGCUGACGAAUGGAGAAUAGUAAAUGCUUGUGUUUUGUGAUUACUGGUGAUGGGGUACUACUACUAUAAAUCACUUCCCACUU